UGUUUGCUUUCGUUCUCAUCCGUGUAAUGGGGUAUCUUAAAUCCAUAGGUACUGCUUUCAUUUACACUGCUCUUUUAUUAGCUGUGAUUACAUUUUUACCAGGACUUCCUCCAGAUGCUACGUUUUUAGAAUACAGCAUAACACCACCAACUAAACUAAGUGGAAAAUUAGGUAUUAAUAAUCGCUUAAAUGAGAUAGAAAUUUUGCAUGUUGGAAAGUUUAAAGGUCCUGAGUGUUUUGAUUCUUAUAAUGGAGAAUUAUAUACUGGCUUACAUGGAGGCUAUGUUGUUAAAAUCGAUGAGAAAGGAAUUAUACCUUUUGUAAAAUUUGGUGGAAAAUGUGAUGGAGUCUUGCAAUAUCAUGAAUGUGGUAAAGUGUUGGGUAUUAAAUUUGAUAAGAAAGGCAAUUUGUAUGUUAUUGAUACUUAUUUAGGUAUUUUUAAAGUUGAUCCAAAUGGAAAUUACCAAAAAAUUAUUGACAUAUCUAAACCAAUAGCUAAUAAAAUUCCACAAAUACCUAAUAAUUUAGAUGUAGCAGAAAAUGGAGAUAUAUUUUGGACAGAUUCUAGCACAGAUUUCCCAUUAUAUGAUGGUAUCUUUACUUUGUUAGCUAAUCCAUCUGGAAGACUUAUUCGAUAUAAUGCAGCUACAAAAACCAAUGAAGUAUUACUUGAAAAUCUAGCAUUUCCAAAUGGAGUGAAAUUAAGUAGAGAUGGGAGUUUUUUAAUUGUGUUAGAAACAUUAACUUCACGUAUUAUUAAAUAUAAUUUAAAGGGAGCUAAAGCAGGACAACAAGAAAUAUUGCUCGAAGGUCUUCCUGGCUUACCAGAUAAUAUACAUGAUGAUAAUCAUGGUGGCUUCCUAGUUAGUCUAUGUAAUUAUGUAGAUCAGGAACAUCCUCAAUUGCUACAAACAUUAAUACCACAUCCAUAUUUAAGAAAAAUGUUAGCAAGACUUCUCACAUUAAUAGAAGCUCCAUUUAAAUUAAUGCAAAGUGUUUAUCCAAAUUUUUACGUAGAACAAAUCAUUCAUGCAAUUGGUUCGUUUGAAACAGUAAAGUUUAUGAUGGUACCGAUAUCUGCAGUAUUGCAAUUGGAUACCACAGGAAAACUUGUUGAUGCUGCAUAUUUAACAAAUCAGAUAAGUUCUCUAAGUUCUGCUUUUAUUCAUAAAGGAUAUUUAUGGAUAGGGUCACCACAUAAUGAAUAUGUAGCUCGGAUAUCCUUGAAACAAGCCUUCCCUCAUUUAGCACAAACGGAAAAAUUAACGCAUAGUUCAAAUCUACAAGAUACAAAGGAACGUCCAAAAACAUAUAGUGCAACGGUAAAACCACAAACUGUAGAGACAGCAAAACCUAUAACUAAAACUACAGGAAAUACAGAAACUUCUACUACAACUAGAACAAGUCCCAAAACAUCUACUAAGCAGGAAAACAUGGCUACUCCCAAAGCAAGUGCAUCAGUACCAAGUACUACUGCCAAACCAAGCACUACUGCCAAACCAAGUGCAACAUCAGUACCAAGUACUACUGUCAAACCAAGUACAACAUCAGUACCAAGUACUACUACUGAACCAAAUACUGUAUCAAAAACAACUCCAACUCCAAAAGCAACCACAGCUACAACUAAGCCUUCUGUAAAAUCAAGUACUGAAACGAUUCCAAAAUCUAACAAUAAGGAAAUUAAAUCAGAAACAGUAAAGAAUAAAGUAAUUUCUCCUAUUAAAUCAGAAAAUAUAAAAGAAACAAAUUCAAAAUCAAAGGUAAAUAAACAAACAGUUCAAAAUACUCAAUUUAAAGCUCAAAAUCAAGUGCAAAAAGAAGAACAUGAAAGUAAUGAAUCUCCUAAAGUAAACAAUAAUAACAUUCCAAAAUAAAAAUUAAUAUUAAGACAUAAUUAUUUAAAAAGUCAAGUAAGGCAGGGUUGUUGUUUUAUAUUAUGUUUUAUGUUUCAAGUUGAUUUAAUUAUAAGAUAGAAUUUUUAUAUUUCAAAGUAACGCGUACUCAAUUCUCUUAAAUACAUUCCAUAAAAAUUUGUGGCAUAGUUAAUUUUUUAUUGUUAUAUAUGGUUUCAUUGUAAUAAUGAGCAAGGCAAAAGAUGCUUAUAUAUCUAUUAGAGACUGUGAUUUAUAUUUAAAAAUAAGUACGAAAUUAUUUUGUUUUAUAAACUCUAUAGA